UUAUUGAAAGCCUAUUAUUCCUUGUUUUCUUGAGGUGAGGGGCUUUUGGUGGUGGAAGAAGGAAGGAUGGAAAGUGUAGACACAACCAGGCUUAAUAUGAAUUUAACGUCAGAGGAUAACUGAGGAAGCCCUGAAUCCCAGAGAGAAACCCCUCCACUACUACCUUAUUAUUAUUAUUAUUAUUAUUAUUAUUAGGUUAUUGAAAGCCUGUUAUCCCUAGUUUUCCUAGCUUGGCUUUCAGAAAUGUUGGUGGAGGUGGAAGGAGGGAGGAUGGAGCAUGUAGACACAAUCAGGUGUAAAAUGAAUUUAUUUCAGAGGAUACCUGAGGAAGCCCUAAGUCCCAGUGAGAAAUCUCACUUUUACUUUCGUUAUUGAAAGCUUGUUGUCCCUACUUUUCCUAGCUUGGCUUAUCUCAGAAGAUAUCCGAGGAAGCCCUAAAUCCCAGUGAGAAAUCCCACUUUUCUUUGGUUAUUGAAAUCCAGUUAUCCCUAGUUUUCCUAGGUUGGCUUUCCUAAAGGUUGGGGAUGCUGGUGGAAGAAGGAAGAAUGAAAAGUGGAGAGACAACCAGGCUUGGAAUGAAUUUAUUUUGAAGGAUACCUGAGGAAGCCCUAUGUCCCAUUGAGAAAUCCCACUUUUUCUUUGGCUAUUGAAAGCCCAUUUUCUCUACUUUUCCUAACCGAGCUUUCAAAAAGUUUGGGGGUGAUGGUGGUGGAAGGAAGGAUGGAAAGUGUAGACAUAACCAGGUUUAAAAUGAAUCUCUCUCCUUAGCAGGUGGUAUAAAAUUGCAGGGGAGGAAUGGAAGUUGAAGGGAUCUUGUAGGAAGAUUCACCUGUCCACCUGCUGUUUGGCCCCUGGCCAAGGAGCCAGUUGGGACCUACACAUGUAUUUUGUAAGGCUUAGGUGAGUCUCCACACCACCCUCAGGUGUAUUUUUCAGCUUUGUAAACGCCAACAUCAAACCCAUUACUAUGUUGGCAGAGCAGACCCAGAAGUGGUUCCCAACUCACGUGCAAGUUACUGUCCUUCAAGCCAAAGAUCUGAAGCCGAAGGGCAAAAGUGGCACUAAUGAUACCUAUACUAUCAUCCAGUUGGGAAAGGAAAAGUACUCCACCUCGGUGGCUGAGAAGACGCUGGAUCCUGUGUGGAAAGAAGAGGCCUCCUUUGAGCUUCCUGGAUUGCUGAUGGAAGGCAAUUCUGAGAAAUACAUCCUCUACCUGAUUGUCAUGCACAGGUCUCUUGUUGGGCUUGAUAAGUUUCUGGGACAAGUGGCAAUAAACUUGAAUGAAAUCUUUGAGGACAAACUUAGAAGGAAAACGGAGUGGUUUAAUCUAGAAUCCAAACAAGGAAAAAGAACUAAAGAUAGAGGAGAGAUAAAGGUAAAUAUCCAAUUUAUGAGGAACAACAUGACAGCAAGUAUGUUUGAUCUUUCAAUGAAGGACAAGACUAAAUCUCCUUUUGCCAAGCUAAAGGACAAAAUGAAGGGUCGCAAGACUGAAGGGACAUUUUUGGAUACAUCCUCUGCUAUCAUUCCAAGUACUCAUAUGCCAGAAACUAGCACUGUAACUUCCCUCAGUGAAAUACAGUUAAAAUCAAAACCAAAAAAGCCUUUUCUUUUGGGACCUCAACGGCUAUCUUCAGCUCAUUCAAUGUCUGAUUUAAUUGGUCCUCAGGUGACUUUAGAAAAAAUUAAGUCAGGCACAGUUGGCAAUACAUACCUCUUCAGGCAUCAGCUGGAGUCUGUUGGUUCUGUGGAUGAGAGUGGAAAUCUAAAAUCUCCACACAGACGGACAUUAAGUGCAGAUACAAGUAAAGUGAAUCAGCUCAACAGUACAGUUGAUGAUAGUGACUCAGCCUUUGGAGCACAAAAUGAUCCUUUUACAAAUGUGAGUGCUACAUUGCCUCAAAAGUUUGCCACAUUGCCAAGGCAGAAGAAUCCAUUUGAAGAAAGCCCUGUAUCAUGGGACCAAAACAUAGGUCUGUUUUUGAAACCUACAGAAUUAAAAAAAGACAUUAAAAGAGAAAAAAAAGAAAAGGUUAGUCUCUUUGAAAGAGUGACUGGGAAAAAAGAUAGUAAGCGGUCAGAUAGACUUAGCAACGGAGGAUCAGACGGCCCCACUGAUUUGAAAUCACCCAGUUGUUUGGGAGAAAAUCAUCAGGACAGUUUUGAUUUUGAUUCAACUAAUCCGUUUAUGACAAACUUCAAGCCAACCAGUAUGCUGCCUUCUUAUAGUUUUAAUGUGAAUCCUGCAAAUGCUGAAGACAACCAGAAAGCAAUGGAAGGAAAUCCUUUUGAUGCAGCCUCAGGAUACCGUAAUCUUACAUAUGAAGAAAUCUUACAGGAAUUAGUGAAACACAAAGAACAACUUAAGAAGAAGGACACUCAUAUUCGUGAACUUGAAGACUAUAUUGACAAUCUUCUUGUACGAGUAAUGGAAGAAACACCCAGUAUUCUCCGAGUGCCAUAUGAACCUUCUCGAAGAGCUGGCAAAUUUGCAAAAAGCUAAAGUAAUGUCAAUAUUCCAUGUUGUUUCUUUCGUUAGAGCAACUAUUGCAGCGUUUCGACACAAUUUCUCUUUUUCUCUCUUUCCUUCUUGAAAAUUUUACUCCAGAUAUCAAUUGGUAUUACCAGAACUGCCAAUCUGUACAUGAACUGUAUAAAAGUAAAAUAUUAGUUCCAGUUGCUUUGAAACACUCCCUAUAACUUAAACAUUUACGUGCAAAUGUGUUCUGAUUUUUUUUAAAAAAAAAUAUUGUAGUUACUUUGUACACUAUAGAGCUACAGUCCCAUACUCUUACUUGAAUAUUUAUUUUGUACUUCAGUCAAUCUCUUUGAUGUUAUGGCAUGCUGUCAGAGUGGAUGCGCACAAGCAGGAUGUGUUUUGCAGUUAUGAACAUGAAGGAAAAUGGGAUAAUGUAGGAUUUUAUUGUUGAGAUUCCAUAACUAGGAAUCACCAAUAGAUACAUAUUAAGUGGAAGCAUCAUAUGAUAUUCUUACAUAAAGAUGUUGGCAGUAUUGGUUCUAGAAUGGAGUGUGUUUGAACAGUUACCUUUAUGCUCUUUAAGAAAUGCGGGUUUUUGAACUGGUAUCCAUUGUUACGGAUAUGAAAGUAUCUGGAUAUACUGUAUAGGGUUAUAGCAUACUACUUGCUUAAGCAUAGAAGUAUACUUUAAGUAAACAGAAGAAAAUGAUGAGUUAAUACCUCAUUUACCUAAAGUCUAUAUAAAUUAGGAGAUGAUGAGGCAGAAGGAGACAUAAUAUUCUGAAGAAUUAGCAUGUCAGGCAUAUACAUAUUUCCUUGGCUUUUGCCAGUUUGAGUCAGGAAAUGGAAAUGUGAAUGUGCUUUUACCUAUCUAGAUGAUUGAGUGUUGUUGUUUUUAAUUAAAUUAGGGAGCUGUUGAGGGUUUUCAAUCCUAUAUUCUGUGUCAAAUUCAAAUAUUGUCAUUCAUUUGAGAGUGGCAGAUAUAAUUGAUUAUGCAUGACUGUAAUGAGGUAAUAUUUGUGUAUAGUGUUGUGCAUCUAUUUCAAAGUGGCAAAAUGCAAUGGAAAACACUGCCAUAAAGAAAAUAUUGUUUACUAUAAGAGUGAUCAAAAUGUUGUUUUAAUUUGUUUUAUGUAAGACUAUAAGCAGGAUGUUUGGUGCAAAGUAGGUUUCAACAUGCUAGAUGGGGUGCUAAACAGGGCUUUUUACUUUAGAAUGGGCAGGUUCAGAUUUUCAUACAUUUGUCUCCUAUUUAAUGGCCAUUUUUUUCCAAGCUUGCACAUUGAAACUUUUCUGAAGAGUAAAACUGAACAGUUGGCUCCAGUCCCCAAUCGGCCUGGUACCUCAGCAACCAGACAAUGCAGUCCCAAACCCGGCCACUGGUGCAGUCCUAGGUGCAGUACAGACCAACUAAAAGGGCUGGAGGGGUGGAGUGUGGACAUGGCGGCCACCCGCCACAUGUCUCGACUCCACCCCCAAGCCACCGUCCUGCCGACCAGCCAGUGGGCAGCCAUUAUACACUGCAUGCCAAAAGGAGUGCCAAAAAGUGCCACUGCCAUGGCAAGGGUGGCUUUUUUCCAUUCCUAAAAGUAGCAGCAUUUUGCCCCUUUUGGGGAGGCAGAAAAACACCGGACUGGGGCCACAGCGUGUGGUUGCCGCAGUCGCAAUCCAGCGAGCAAAGGGGCAGCACAGAGCCGCUCCUUCAGAGCGUUCUCUUUUGCCCCUUAGGUGGGCCUCAAACAAGGAGCAGCCUUUUGCCUCUUCUUUUGUGGUUGGCUUUGGGCUGCCUUAGGUGACCCCCAGAGCAGUGUCUGUCCAAUCCAGAGUUGUGCGUUGUCUGCACGCUACACCCCAACACGGCCUGAAGCCAGUGCUUUCUGCCCAUCUGUUUUAGGCCAAUUUCCCCCUUUUCUUCCAGUUAUAAGGGUAUUAAAUAAUUUUUUUUAAUAUGCCAAGAACAUUGUUCUUAAUUAAAAUUCUUAUAAUUAUAAUACAAUAGGGCAGAACUGUUUUUAAACAAUAGUGGGGCAGGAAUGACCAUAUUCUUAAAAACCCUCAGCCAUAUUAUACAGGAUAAUAGGCCAUAUGUCGAGAUGCAUUUUGUUUCAUUGGGUUUCCAUCAAUUUUCUCUGUAGUUUGGUGGACCCUAUUACAUGAAUAAAUGUUAGUAAUUUAAGAACUGGUACUGUGUCUCAGAACACGAAGGACUGCCCCUCACACAGACACCCACACACACAUACUUCAAGUCGCCAUGCUUUCAUUGUAUUCCGUCAUAUCUGAGUGCCAAAUGAUAACAGUCUAAUCUAUUUGACUGAAUAGCUUACAGUCAACGCUAUUCCUUUUGUUUUAAGGUUAACUACUGCAUUUGAAGUAGAUGUUUACCUUCAUAGUUUAUACAAAAAUGUGUUUUUGAAAAGUAUUGCCUGUAUAAAACUUUCAGAUGUUUCAUAGUACCACAGUUAAUGACUUCCACACAUGAUAUUGGAAACUACUGGGCCAUUGAUGUUUAAUUUGAACUUCCAUUGUAUACGAGUUCAUCGUUCAUCUUCAACGAAUGUUCCUCAAGUACAACAGAAGAGCAUAAACCACAGAAUUCUAAGCUCAUAUUGUUAUGAACUUUUAAUAUCUACCACUUUUUGAAUUACGUCUUUUAGAAUCUUAAUGUGAAAGAUCAAAAUGCUUGGCUGUAAAACUUUUGACAUAUGCCACAGAGUUAAUAAGAACUUUAGCUGAGCAUUUUAUAAAGCACUUUCAUGUGCUUUCUGGUCCUAUGUUCUAUUUGAUCUGCAAGUGAAUUUAAGCACUCUUUCAUUUCCAGUAUUUAAAUGCAAAGAAGAAAAUAGGUAUGUCAGAAAAGGUAUCAUAACUAAAAUAGGCAUAAUGCAAUGUUUACAAAUAACAAAAAGCUUCAUAAUUUGGGUAUAAAAGUGAUUGCUCAAAAUAAAUUCUCUAUAUUCUCUGAUCAGUGUCUUAAAAUACUUCUUGACAUAGUAUAGUACAGAAUCACUGAUAGCAAGGUAGUUGUGUCUGUAGUUCCUUAGUGGUGAGAUGACAUUCCAGGAUUAGUAUAUCUUCAGAUUCUGUGAUUCUUUUGAAACCUUACACAAUAUUCAUUGUUUUCUCUCCAAGAAUAUUCUGUAAUUAGCCUGCUACAUUGUUUUGGCUAUGAAAAUUUAGGUGCUUCAGAGCCAUUCUCCCAAUCCAUGUAUUCCUCAUUUCUUAGGUGGACAUUAUGGGGAAUGUACAUACAUCACACAUUUUUGUCUAUCUUACUUGUUGGAAAAGUAGCAUGAAGGAUUUAUUGGCAGUCAUAGUUACUCUGUUUCGUUUGGAAAAAACACCAGCAAACAUGAAAAAAAUGGGUAAUACUUUGUAUAAAACAUGCAAAAUUCAUUUCUAGUAAAAGAUGUGUGGCCUCAGUCCUGUUGGCUAGUUCCAAAUAGAGUAGACCCGAAUCAUAUAUUGAAUGGUAAGUCAACAUUCAGGUAAAUGCCAUUGAUUCAGUGGGUCUAGAUUAUCAUAAGAAUGCUUAAUACUGUGUUCAUUUUUGCUGCUGAAUUUAAAAAGUAUUAUGUUGAAUUUGAUUAUCACUUAUGAAAUAAUGUAGCAUGAUCCAUAAAUUAUACUUAACUAUCCAUAGAUUUUACCUAACUUGUCUACUGUGGGUGAUUCUAAAUCAAGUAUUAGUUAUAUUAUCCCAGCUAUGAAAAUAUUUUCUUGUAUUUGUAGGUGUUAUCAAUAAGAUCAUAUGUUCAAUUAAGCAUUUUAAUGAUGAGUUGUAUUCCACCUCAAACUCUUAGCUUGAUUAGAUUCUUAGAAGAGUGAAUGCAUAUGUCUUAAAAUAUAUGUUUGGCUGUACUGAAAUUAAAUUUACAACUAUCUUUUAGAAAUGUAAUGUAAACAAAGGCUCUCUCUAUAGGCUGAACUCUUUUUCUCCCCCAAACAGUUGUAGAAGUAAAUGAAAAGGUACGUACAUUUUGAAGUAUGUUGAUCUGUUUCAAAUCUUUGCUCUCAAAGCAAAUGAAGAAGGAUCACAGCACUGCCAGAUCAAACGGUCUGUUGUAAGUUCUGCUACAAAAAUUAAAAUCUAAAUGUUCUAAGGACUGAACAUAAGGAAGUUGUGCAGUAGCAUGGGUUGCACUCCUAAAUUCCCUUUUAUACAUCCCCAAUGAUUCUAAAGUAAAUUUGCUGGCAGUAUUUAGUAUGCAACAGCUAUAGCACUUUAAUUCAUUGACUUUUUUGUAAGGUUUUCUGAUGAAUUUAUGUUUAGUGAGGUACCUGUGCCUGAAUUGUUAUUGGCCCUCAUUUAAUCUUUCAGAUUUUUGUCUGUAUAUACUAUAUAGAUGGUUCCAGAUCAUGUAUAUUUGUUAUGAUAAAAAUGCUAUGGAUUAUAGUGUUGUAUACUAUGUCUUGGACAAAAGAGGGUCCAUUUGUUUUUGUUCAAUGACUCAUUUGUACUUUUUUUAAAGAAAAAAAUUGAAAGUCACAACUUGUGACACUUGUCUGUGUAGAAUGAUUAAAUGCAUGAAUAAUCAGUUGUAGGCUUAAACACUUUUUAUUUGAUCAAAAAUUGUAAUCUUAAUUUUAGAUUUUCCCCCCAAUAAUUGUUGCAUGCCAAGCACAAAUAAAUUGCCACUGUGUAUUUCAA